AUGGCUCCCUGGGACGAUUUCGACGCCAUAUUCUCCUUUAACAGGAAUUUUGUGUACGAUGGCAAGGUCAUUGAGCAGAUUAUCUCCAACCGUCGUGCGCUGGAGAACAGGCUCUUCGCAGACCGACUGCUAGGAUUGCUCGGGGUCAAAGCAGUUACGAAGCUCUAUCCUCCCAAAUCGAAUUCAGACCUCCGGACGCUCGUUGGACACAUCACUUCGUCGCCGCUGGACAUUCAUCACAAGCAAGCCUUGAUCUACUACAUCCUGAAGGACUGUCGUGCUGCCGGGGAUGCCGCCACACAUUUCGCUCGUCGAUGCCACUUGCCGGAAAAGUACAGGCUGUUCAUUGAAGGAUUGUGGAACCUGGAUCGCUUAGAAUUCAGGCGCGCCGUUGAGUUUCUGACCGAACCCUCUAUCAUCCCGACCUUCCCAGACGAGAUACUUUACGCCCUUACCCUUUCUAACCUCCCGAAGCACGAUGACAGCCUCGUCAUGGCAUACUACUUCACCGUCGGUCCCCCGCUUGCGACAGAGAAGGUCCAGAAAGCAUUCUUCGCAACCAUUUGCCGCGCUAGCAUUACGGAGGCAUUCUACUUUACGAGAAAAAAUGACGAGUCGCUGCGCCGUAGCUAUCUCGAACAAUUGAUCGUAUUUGUCCACAAGACUACCGCUGGUCAAAUACGAAGCAAGCGGGCCAUGGAGCUAAUUGGUCUCCCGCUGGACGAGAAGGAGGAACAAUGGUUUGAGGAAGCUCUUCUUCAAGGACGCGCAAAGGCGCUGCAUGGUGCCAAGGAUACUGUCAUGAUGCGACGACUUGCGACGGGGAAGUUGAGCGGGCUCCCUGCGGAUCUUGAAUCAUUGGGUGGAAAGAAGGUAGACGGUUUGAACUGGGAUAUUCUCAAGCAGAGCAUGCCCGUUCGCAAUACAUAA